ACGUGGGACCGCAUGCGCGGAUUGAAGUUGUAUCGCUCACCGUGGUGCGUAAAAAGGCGCGUCCAAGUACUUGCGGACUAUCGCGUUAUCUCUUAUACCCUUAGGGGAGGUAAAUAAAAGGUUUUGCCAAACGCAGCGGGGAGGCAAAGUCUGGUAGGUGACUGCGCUCACCAGCAGCACACAUGGUUUCACGGACACGGACCAACACACCGGUCGGACUAGAGCAGGGACCCGCGCUCUUGGUUUGCCUGCUGGACUUAAUGGUUGCGGUGCCUUUACGUUGACACGUACGGUUCGUGCAUAUAUUUAAACACACGAUGUUUCUUAAACAUGUGGCACCGGUUUGCGAAUGUUGCAGAAAACGAAUAGAGGACUGCUUGCCUUGCUGUUGAUGGUGUUGGAGUGGAGCCGGCCAGGCCUACCGUCCCCGCUGAGGCCGAUCUGUGAUCUCAGGGUCCUGAACCAUUUCAUGAAAGAAGCACGAGACGCAGAAGUCGCUAUGAAAUCCUGUGGAGAAGGAUGCACCAUGUCAGAGCCUGUCACUGUUCCCCAGACCAGAGUCGACUUUGAUGUCUGGGAGAAUAAAAAUGGAUUAGAGCAAGCCGAAGAGGUGCAGUGUGGCUUGUGGCUCUUACAACAGGGCCUCAGCUCGCUACGGACCUCGGUCACCGACACAGCACUGCACAGCCACAUCGAUAACUGCAUCAGGAACCUGCUCAGCAUCAACGCUGUGCUGCGCAGCCUCAACAUACAGGAAUACACCCCCCCGACGAGUGCAACGGGGCUUGAGGGAACGUGGUCGGUGACCUCGGCGACAGAUUUGCUUCAAGUCCACGUCAACUUCCUGCGAGGCAAAGUGCGCCUCCUUCUGUUGGACGCACAGGCUUGUCAGCAAGAUGUCAGCUGAUCGGCCGGUCUCCCCACUCCAGGCGAAGCUCAUUUGCGUAUCCGAAGGCAAGAGGAGGGACUUGACACUGUUGACCUGCACGCUGGCUGCUGGAAGCGACGUGCAGAAAGAGAGAUGAAGCCAUCCUCACGUGAGGGGCGGCCGCUGAGCGGAGGGGACAGUCCCAGCUGGGCUUUGGGUGGGCGGCAGAUGAUUGCACCUUGGAGCGUGGACCUGAAACAUGGACACGGUGAUGCACACGCCGUGGGAGGCACCGCUCCGGACGCUGGUCUUCUCGCACGCUCUCUUGCACUCUGUGUGUUUGUGUGUGAAUGCUGCAAGUUUUUAUCUGUGUGUAAGCGUGCAUGUGUCUGUUUCCAGUAAGUCUGACCCCUGCACUUAACUCGCAUUGUGGGGUGAAACUGCCAGAAAAUAUUGAUUGCACCUGGAAAUCGGUGAGCCGAGGGUUGCGAAAGGGCGUCCCUUUGCACCGCCACUGCUAGGAGGCGCCGAACAAACGAGGCCUCAUCCCCACAAGCCCUUUCAACUACGCCUCAGUCACAGUUCUUUCUCUGGGAUUCUUUUUUUUUGAUGAAUAUUUUUAUACAUUUGUAGGAUUAGUAUUUAUACAAGUUUUCUACUUUUAAGCUCCAGUGUUAGUAUUUUUUGGUGUCUGAUCUCUUGUGUAACACUGAAAACAACUGGCAUAAUUUGCGAUGGCACGCUGCCGUCUGGCUGCGUGUUUUAUGCACCUAACUAGCGGUUAAUAUCAAAGCAUUGUCCUUCCGGCUAGCAGAAGCAAAGGAGUAAGAAGACAGUGUGGCUGGUUGGAGCGUUGCACGAGAUGUUUUUGUUCAGCCGGUCUCCCUUCACACACUGAUAGCCCCACUGACCGGAAAAAUGCGGUUUUCCCACUUAGAAUUCACAUCCUGCGAGGCGGGAAUCGCAAAUUGUUUUCCAGUAUCUGACGUUAACACUGUUGCUUUCCUCCCGUCAUGUGUUCGUCAUCAAACUGCAGACGGGCAAUUAGUUAGACAUGGGAACUCGUGGUUUUCUACAAAAUGUAUGCUCAACUCUUUCAGACCGGUUAAGUGUCCUUCCUUGUUUUUUCCCGUAUUGCUUUAUCUUGUUGAGAGUGCAAGAUGUUGUUUAGGAUGUUUGUACAUGUUUUUCUUCCUGUUCUUUUUGUCCCAUCAGUGUAUAAUUUGCUAUUUAAAUACAAAAUAUUAUUCUUGGAUAAAAGGAUAGAUGGAAACACAA